AGUAAUUAUAUACAAUAACAAUAUACAUAAUGGAUAUAUACAGAUGAUUACUAUAACUAGCUUAUAUCUAAAAUAGGCCCUUGAGGCGUUGUACCAAGGAUGCUGGCGGCAUUUCCUCGUUGUAUCGCAAUACUGAUACGUUUUGCGAGGAAGACGGUCACCAGUUACGUCAACCAGACGUUUCGCGAUUUCUCCAAAAAACUUGUGCGCGCUGGGACCCCAUGGACCUAGAGUUUCAAAGCCAAAUGGUACAAAAUGGUACCCUCUACCGAGGCUCUUAUAUUUAUUACGUUUCAAAAUUUCGGCGCUUUCCACCGCUGCGCCCGCUUUUACCUUAGUCCGUUGGAGGUGGGACGGUGCCAGUGUGUUUACGCAGGUAGCAUCCCACACUAACAUCCGUCCCAAGCUCCAAGGAACCAAGGACACCCCUUCAGACCUCUUGCCAAUGACCUGCACUUUUUUGACAAGAUAAAUAAUUGAUUAUAUUAAAUCGAUAAAUUAAAAACUCGAAAACUGCACAUCCCUAGAACACUUUAAAAUCCUGCAGGGCAUCUGAAGGCCUACCGCGAAACACGAUAUUCGAAAUUUCGUUAUCUGCCGCUCUAUCGUUCGAAUAUGCAUGAAGAGCCCUCUGAAUAGUCUGAAUCAGCCACGCGCCAAAUCAAUCGCUGGACACUUUAUUACUACGCAUGCGCUAUAUUUGCGUGUAUUGGAAUGUAGGACGUUUGACGUUUGACUCCAGUGUCAUUGUGGGUGGCUGUCACCGUCAGUAGUGUCAGUCCGGCGAGGUUGUCAGUAAUGUCAGUCGUCAUUAGAGGAAAAUAGGAAAUUAUUGUUUACUUUACUUUUAUUUAUCAUAUCGACCCGCGACCCGUUUAAACGUACUUAUUAUGUGAUUGUUGGGACAAAGUUUAUAAGUUAUAUUUUUAAGUAAAUAAAUCAUGGCAGAGUUUACGCCAUUCUACGUAGAUCGUGCAAAGGGCAGCCGAGCUUCGUGUAAGGGCUGCAAAGGUAACUGUCCUAGUGGAGAAAUUCGCAUGGCGAAAAUAGUCGCUAGCCCUUACGGAGAGAAUCAACAAAUGAAAUCAUGGCACCACGUCGACUGCUUAAUGAAUGUUUUGAUAAAACAGCGGCCUACCACAAAACGGAUAGAUUCCAUCGAUGAUAUAGGCAAUUGGGCGGCUAUGAGCAAGGAAGAUCAAGAGUUUAUCCUUAAAAAAAUAAACGAAAUGGAGAAAGUGUAUGCUGAGAAAAAUAGUGGUAAAUACACAGCUAAGGUUUUAAAAAAUGAGUCGAUACCAAAACCUAUGGUUGCAAGUACCAGUCCUUCUAAAGACUUGGAAAACCAGACUGAUAUUAAGACAGAGGAUGAUAAUUUUUCACAGUUCGCUCAGUUGUGCAAAAAAAUAGCUAGAGUUGAUGCAUAUACUGAAAAAACGGCAGUCGUAAAUAAUUAUUUUAGAAAAGGUUCCGAUGGGAACACAUUUAAAGGCGAUAUCGCAUUGUGGUGUAAACUGUUACUGCCCCAAGUCACUAAGCGGGUUUACAACUUAAAAAGUAAGCAACUUGUAAAAUUAUUUUCUAGAAUAUUCCAUACUGACCAGGAUGAUAUGCUAACACAUUUGGAAAAUGGAGAUGUGGCAGAUACUAUUACUUAUUUUUUUUCUAAAUCUAAAAAAUUUCAACCAAGCACUGAAAGUACUUUGUCUAUGCAAGAUGUGGAAGAAUUUCUUGAAAGGCUAUCGAAAUUAACAAAAGAAGAUGAACAGAUAUAUCACUUUAAGAAAAUUGUAAACAAAUGCACUUCAGAUGACCUUAAAAUGCUUAUUCGCCUAAUUAAAGGGGAUUUGCGGAUUAAUGCGGGGCCAAAACAUAUUUUGGAAGGUGUUCAUCCAGACGCUUAUAAUGUAUUCCAAACCUCAAGAGACCUUGGAAUGGUUAUAGACAGAAUUCUGUCAGAAAGCAGCGGAAUCAAGCAUAAAGAUGUUGUUCAAAAAGGUGUCAGUGCUAAGCUCACUCUUAUGACUCCAGUAUUACCAAUGCUUGCUGAAGCUUGUAAAUCAAUAGAAAUGGCUAUGAAAAAAUGUCCUAAUGGAAUGUUCUCUGAAAUUAAAUAUGAUGGAGAGAGAGUGCAAGUACAUAAAAAAGACAAUGAAUUUAAAUAUUUUUCUAGAGCUUUGAAGCCAGUGAUGCCACACAAAGUCAAUCAUUUUAAAGAUUACCUUCCUCAAGCAUUUCCAAAAGGAGUAGAUUUGAUAUUAGAUGCUGAAGUUUUGAUGGUAGAUGUGAACACUGGCAAACCGCUACCGUUUGGUACAUUGGGAAUACAUAAACAGUCAGAAUUCAAAGAUGCUCAGGUGUGCUUGUUUGUAUUUGAUUGCCUUUACUACAAUGGAAAAGUCUUGAUUGAUCUGCCAAUAAGGAAAAGAAGACAGAUAUUACAUGAAAAUAUGGUGGAAGUGACCAACCAUGUUAUGUUUUCAGAGCAGCAAUUAAUAGAAAAACCAGCUGACUUAGCCAAGAUGAUUGCUGAGGUGCUGCAACUUGGAUUGGAGGGACUGGUGCUUAAGGAUCUGGAAUCAACUUAUGAACCUGGAAAGAGGCAUUGGCUUAAAGUUAAAAAGGAUUAUUUGUUUGGUGGGGCCAUGGCUGACACUGCUGAUCUGGUUGUACUAGGAGCUUGGUUUGGAACUGGCAAGAAAGGUGGCAUGAUGUCAGUGUUCCUUAUGGGUUGCUUGGACACCCGUCGCAACAAAUGGGUGACUGUUACAAAAGUCCACACCGGCCAUGAUGACAGCACACUAGAGAGGCUUCAGAAGGAGCUUGGACCACUCAUGUUGAAGAUUUCUCAGGACAGUAACAAAAUACCAUCCUGGUUGGAUUGUAACAAGGGACUAGUACCAGACUUUGUGGCUAAAGACCCGAAGGAGCAACCUGUAUGGGAAAUUACUGGUACCGAGUUUACAAAAGCAAACAUCCACACUGCUGACGGAAUAUCAGUAAGGUUUCCAAGAGUCACGAAAAUAAGGAAUGAUAAGGAUUGGAAAACAGCAACUAACUUAGAUGAGCUGAGGAAUUUAUAUAAAACGUCAAAAGAGAAAACAGAUGUCUCACUUUUAAACAAACUAGCUGCUACUGCAAACGAUUCGUAUGAACCACCAAAGAAAAAAAUUAAAGAAAGUCCUACCUUGAAACUCCCUAAAAUAGACUCGUUUUUAAAGAAAGAUAAAGUAAAGAAAAAGGAGGAUUUAAAUAUAUCUAGUUCAUCAGAUACUAUAAGUGAUACUAGUAACACAAGUGAGCGAGAUAGCAAAGCAUUAAAAUACCAAACGCAACCAGAAAAUCCAUUGCCAGAUAUUUUUAAAAAUAAACGAUUAGGUUUUUACCCAGAUUUCAUUAGCAUAUCUGAAAAAAAGAGAACUAAUUUUGAAAGGCAUUGGAUUGCAUAUGGUGGGACUGUAGUUAAAUCAAUGCGUGCAGUAGAUGUAGAUUUCGUUGUACAUAACGAAGAGUUUAUAGAAUUUCAAAAAAUGCAAAAACUUAAGAAAAAACUAGUAUCAGGCGCAAGACACGUAACCAAGAAUUGGUUGGUAAAAUGUAUCAAUGAGGUUGCAUUAUGUGAUACGGCAAAAUAUGCCGUUGUUGUAGAGCCCUAGUGGUGUUUGUUGAUGUAGGUACCAACGGACUAUUUUGAUAUCUUAUUAUUGACAGAUUAAUACAACUCUGUUGCCUGCUUUCAUAAAUCGACCUUAAAAUUUAAGGAUAAUGAAAUAAUUUAGACCUCCUUUAUAUUUUAUGAAAUAAUAAACAGUGUUUAUUGCUCUGCUAACA